GCUCCCCUCAGGCCUCUACCUGCUCCCGCUUCCUCCUCCGCCGCCGGCCCACACCCGCCGGGUGCUCGCCACACGCCCCGAGUUUCUAGUCCCCUUUUUCAGCCCUGCGGAGACCUGGGGCUCAUCCGGCAGCAGGGUGUGGGGGGCCUGGCCUCGUCCCGCGUAGCGUCAUCGCCUGGCCCCGGGCAGGCCGGCCCGCCCGCCGCUCAGCUGUUGGGGACCCGCUCGGGGAGCCAGCCGGGAACCCAGCGAACCACUGUCUCCUCGCCCGCAUCUGACUGGCUUUUCUCACCUCCCAGGCCUUGAACUUCUGCUGGUGGGAGUGGGAGCUAGGAGACAAAGAAAUGUAAAAGGCCGUGACAGGAAACUACAUCAGAAAAUAUAUAGCUGGACUUGAAGAGGACUGUGUUAAUGUCAGGAACUGAUUUGAGAGACACUGGCUCUGCCACUUAACAGCCAUGUAACCUUAGAUAUGGAAGAAACUAGCAGUGUUGCCAUGCUGGUGCCAGAUAUUGGGGAACAAGAAGCUAUAUUGACUGCUGAAACUGUCAUCAGUACAUCACUGGAUAUUGAACAAAGAAAAGUUAAAACAGAUCCAUUAAUCCAUGUUAUUCAGAAGUUAAGCAAGAUAGUGGAACAUGAAAAGUCACAAAAAUGCCUUUUAAUUGGAAAAAAACGCUCACGGCCUAGUGCUGUAUCACAGUCUCUGGAGCCCCAAGAACAUUGUGAAAUUCCAACUAAAGUAGCCCAUUCAUCUGUUGCUGAUAGUAGAAGAGCUGAGAUGUCACAAACAAAUUUUACCCCUGAUUCCCUGGCCCACCCUGAUGGGAAGGUUAUGACUUACCAGUGUAGCCUCUGUAAGUUUCUGUCAUCAUCUUUUUCUGUGUUGAAAGAUCAUAUCAAGCAGCACGGCCAGCAAAAUGAAGUGAUACUAAUGUGCUCAGAGUGCCACAUUACAUCUAAGAGCCAAGAGGAGCUUGAAGCUCAUGUGAUAAAUGACCAUGAAAAUGAUGCCAGCAGUCACACUCAACCCAGAACUCAACAGUGCAUAAGUCCCUCCAACCCCUUGUGUCAGAGACCCACCAAAAGAAGUAAUGGAACCAUUCCUGAUAUCCCAAUAAGUAUAGACAGCUCACAGAUCCAUAAUGUCCAGACUGCAUCUGUGGCAGAAAUGGGUAAGAGGAAAUGGUACGCAUAUGAACAGUACGGCAUGUAUCGAUGCUUGUUUUGUAGUUACACCUGUGGCCAGCAGAGAAUGUUGAAAACGCAUGCUUGGAAACAUGCCGGCGAGGUGGAUUGCUCCUAUCCCAUCUUUGAGAAUGAAAAUGAGCCCCUAGGCUUGUUGGAUUCUUCCGUGACUGCUGCAUCCAGCGGAGUUGAUGCGGUGGUCAUUUCCAUUGGAGACAAUGAACUGAGCAUCCACAACGGGCCAUCAGUUCACGUGCAGAUUUGCAGCUCCGAAGCAUUAUCAUCUGCCUCUCAUUUAGAACAGAGUGUGGAAGGGGGCGUUCACCUAGGGCAGUCAGUCACCCUUGACCCUAGUGAGGAAGAAAUGCUUGAGGUGAUUUCUGAUGCAGAGGAGAAUCUGAUUGCUGAUAGCCUACUUUCAUCAGCCCAGAAGAUCAUCAGCAGUAGCCCAAAUCAGAAAGGUCAUGUUAAUGUGAUAGUGGAGCGUUUACCGAGCGCUGAAGAAACUCUUUCACAGAAACAUUUCCUCAUGGAUGCUGAAAUUGAAGAGAGGAAAACUUUGAGCUCAGCAGAAGCCCCAAUUGGGUAUAAAGGAGCAGAUAAAAUUUACCAUGCUGAUACUGUAGAUAUCGGGGGUCUGAUCAUAGGCUGGAGCAACCCAGAGAAGAAAGACAAUGAAUUAAUAAAUAAAGGACUAGCUACUGAUGAGAAUGCCCCACCAGGGCGAAGAAGGACAAAUUCUGAAUCUCUUAGGCUACAUUCAUUGGCCGCAGAAGCCCUGGUCACAAUGCCUAUAAGAGCUGCAGAGCUAACAAGAGCCAACCUUGGACACUAUGGGAAUAUAAACCGUUUAGAUCCAGAUACUGGACAAAGGCAAGUUGAUAGCAGUACAUUGGCGGCAUAUUCUAAAAUGAUGUCACCACUGAAAAACUCUCCAGAAGGAUUAGCUAGUUUUAACCAAAGCAACUCUACCCUAGUCGCACUCCCAGAGGCUAGGCAGGAAUUGUCAGAUGGGCAAGUGAAGACAGGUAUCAGCAUGUCUCUACUCACCGUCAUUGAAAAACUGAGAGAAAGGACAGACCAAAAUGCUUCAGAUGAUGACAUUCUGAAGGAGUUGCAGGAUAAUGCCCAGUGCCAACCCAACAGUGACGCAAGUUUGUUGGGAAGCAAUGUAGUGGAGUACAUCCCUAAUGCUGAGCAGCCAUACCGCUGCCGCCUGUGUCACUACACGAGUGGCAACAAGGGCUACAUCAAGCAGCACUUACGGGUCCAUCGACAGAGACAGCCAUAUCAGUGUCCUAUCUGUGAGCACAUAGCUGACAACAGUAAAGAUCUGGAGAGCCACAUGAUCCACCACUGUAAAACAAGACUGUACCAGUGCAAGCAGUGCGAAGAGUCUUUUCACUAUAAGAGUCAUCUGAGAAAUCAUGAGAGAGAACAACACAGUCUUCCAGAUACCUUGUCAAUAGCAACUUCGAAUGAGUCAAGAAUUUCCACUGAUAUAUCUGAUGGAAAAUGUGUUCAGGAAGGAAAUAAGUCUUCGGUCCAGAAACGGUAUAGAUGUGAUGUAUGUGAUUACACAAGUACAACAUACUUUGGUGUCAGAAACCACAGACGAAUCCAUAACUCUGAUAAGCCAUACAGAUGUUCUUUGUGUGGGUAUGUAUGCAGCCAUCCUCCAUCUUUGAAGUCCCAUAUGUGGAAGCAUGCAAGUGACCAAAACUAUAACUAUGAGCAAGUAAACAAGGCCAUUAAUGAUGCAAUUUCACAAAGUGGCAGAGUUCUGGGGAAAUCCCCUGGAAAGACUCUCUUGAACAGCAGUGAAGAAAGAGUUGAUCCUAUCACUGGAAAUUCAGAAAAUUUGGUAUCCUCCUCAGAGCUGACUUCUCAGGCUCCCAGUGAAGUUGUAUGUCCCAAUGAUAAUGAGAAACUGAGCCCUACAAGCAAUACCUCAUAUAGCUUAGAUAAGAAUUCCAGCCUGGUCCCUCCUGGCAUGGAGUAUUGUGUUUUACUCUUCUGUUGUUGCAUUUGUGGUUUUGAAUCUACCAGCAAAGAAAAUCUCUUGGAUCAUAUGAAAGAACAUGAAGGGGAAAUUGUAAACAUCAUCCUAAAUAAGGACCACAACACAACUCUAAACACAAAUUAGAUGGACUAAUUACUCGAAGAGGAACACAAUAGAAGAGGAAUCCCUUUACUUUGAACCACAGUUUCACCUUAGCAUUGUCAAAUAAUUUACUAGACACAGAAGAAAUGGUUGGUGUGAUUUCUGAGGAAAUAACAGCUGUGACUUUGAAGCCAAAUUUAUGAUGAUCAGAAGAAUUCCAUGUGGAUAAGUAGGAAAUACAUCAGUAUUUUGAAUAAGGGGAAGUGAGUUGUGGAGGAAGCAAAGAUGUAGUCCUAUAUUAGCCAUUUGUUAUCUUUUCUUAGUGUUGAGUGUAUUUAUUAUUAAAAGCUUAUUAUAGUGUAGAAAUGCAGGCAAAACAAUUAGGAAAGGACUUUUCAGAAACUAUUCUAAAGCAUAUUAUUAUAGAAAUGUCACAAUAUUAACCAGAGCUUUUUUUCUUCUUUCUCAUUUUUGACAUCCAACUCUAGAAUGGCAGACCUCUGAUAAGUAGGAGGCAGCUUCUUUAGGAGUUGUUUUUUUUUUUUUUAUGUUACUAAUAGUAAAGAAAUGAUCACUCACAAUCUUUGCCCAAAUUGGUAGGAACUAAUUAUAUACUCAGCCUAAAAUAUAUUACUUUAGCUCCUAGAGAGAAUGAGAAAGACAAGGGGCCUCUAAAUGCAAACCUAGAUUAUGAAUAGACACUUAAAAAGUAAGUUUAUAUAGGAUUUCUUGGUGGGCAAAGGAGUAAGUAGGUGAAUUCCCACCAGAUUCAAGACAAAUCUCAAAAUUCAAAGAAAGAGUUCAUGUUUUGUGCAUCUCUGGAAGAUUCUGUUUGAGGGAACUCCAUAUAUUUUAUUGAUAGUUACAUAGGCCCUCUAAUCCUCUCUUCCAGUUCACACCUAGGUUGUUAUCUGAGAGUUAAAGCAAUAAAAUGUGAAAAUUUGCAUUUGCUCCUUAGACCUUAGAAACAGUUUGAACUCAGAAGCUUCUUAAAAUGUGUACUGCUGUUGAGACUUUGCUUCUUAGAGUCGCAUUAUGUUUGGAAUCAGAGGUAUAACCCCAUUGUGGCUAACAUUUAGUGAAACUUCGGGUUGUAUUUUAAAACAAAACAGCAUUUGGCAAAUCUACAGGGUUUCUCCUAGCUAGGAAACUCCAUUUCAUUAGUGUGCAAUAGGAGGGACAGAAAAUCAAUCAAAAGUGCUUUUGCAUUAAAACCUGUCAUCAGACACAUGUAAUGUCCUCAUUAAUCACACAUUUUGCAUUAUAGUGUAUUUCAAAGAGUGGACAGAACAGGGUGUGUUUGUUUUUCUUGUAGUUUCAUAGUUUUAUUUACUCAUUGCUUUGUUAAAAGUGAAUUCUGAAUACAAGUUACAAGGCUUGGUGCACCAUGCAGUGCACCGUUCUUAUGGUGCUCUUGAGAAUUUGAUUUCUGGCAUCUUUUAGAGCAGAGCUUGUGACUCUGAUCUACUUAGAAAGCAUCCAAAACAGAAUUUUUUUUAACGGAAUACAUUUUAGAAAUGAAUUUUCUCCCCAAAUUCUAGGGAUAAUGUGAUAUUUUAUAAGCGAGUAAAAAGAACUAUAUAAGUGGGGUCAGGCAUCUUUAAGCAUUGUCUGAUUUUUUUUUUAAACCUAAUUUUGAUGGUGAUAUUUAAACAAGCAGAAUUGUGACUUUGCUGUGUAAUUUAGGUGGCUUUAAUUUAUUUGACAGUCAAUCCAUUUCUGAUACGUAAUUUUUUAAAAGGUAAAAUGAAUUUAUAUAUACUAAAGUAUUCCCCCUAGUUCAAAUGAGUGUGGAUUCAUAUUCAUCUCCACUUUCAAAUACAUUUAUAUUUUUAUUAUUUUAGGUAAUUCCAUUAUUUGUACUUAUUUUGUUGCCACUGGGUCACUUUUUCAUUGAUAGUAGCUGUAACUCUGUGUUGAUCAAAAAAUCUGUUACUCUGAAAAAUUAGCAGCCUUAGAGAAUUUUUGUUUUAUAAAUUUUCCUUAGGUUUAACAUAACUAAUCAUUUGAAAAACACUAAUACUCAAAAUUUUAUAUCCCCAAAAUUUCAGCAGUGAAUUUUUAAAUGACCUUUUUCAUUUUCUUAAACCACUUCCAUUAAUUGACACUUAAAAUCUCCAUCUGGAAUCAUGGAUUUAAAAUUUCCCUAGCUCCUGGAGGAAAAGUUUACCCAGAAUUCCAAAGCCUUUAACCUUUCAUCCAUUCCUGACAGAGAUGUCUUCCACAGCUUUCUCCUGGACUAGGAGGAACCAUGUACCAACAAAGCUCUGUACCUUCCCAUUGCCAUUUUGUGGCAAACUUCUAAGUAUCUCUACCAAGAAAAACUGAGUAUGUCUCAGAAUACAAAUGACGUCUAACUAAAUUUAUGCGGUUUUAAUUGUAGAAAAGAAAGGUGUUGAAAUCAUCAGAAACUCCUUAAAUAGGGAUGACAUUUCAUUCACUGGAAUUAUUAUAUCUCUUGCCAUACAAAGUCUUGUUUUCCCCGUCUUUUUAAGUUUUCACUUCUAAGUGAAAAUAGCUUUUCAAAGAAACCUACUAGGUAAGGCAAAGCUGGAGGCUGGGAAGGUGAUGUAUUCUGAUCAUUGCAACUAAUACUUUUCAGGGUUCCAUCAUUUUCUCUUCCUCUAGGAGUCACCAGAAUGUGGUUAGUGUCCUCCAUCCAUGUGCUAAUAGUUUCCACACCAAUAUUACAAGUGACCUGUAGACUUUCAGUUCUGUGUCCAGCCAGUUCAGUGUAGAGACGCUGACUGCUUGAAGCCUUUGUUCGAGAUCUUUGAUUCUAUUUGAAGUAGUUAUUGGUGGCUUUGUUAUUAUUUUCUUGUCUUUUCUCACAAAAUGGUAGCCACCUGUUUACAUUGUAUCUUCCUGCAAUGUACUUGGCUUGACAAAGACAAGCAAGCUUAUUAUUGAAACUUAUUAUAUUUUUAGUUUUCAUAGACACUUAUUUAAUCUUUUUUAUUGUACAGCAAGGUGCUCUUAAGUAAUAUUCUAUAAAGUAUAUUUAAUAGAAAUUUGAGUUUGAUAUUCAUGGACAUGAAUACAUGUAUUUUUUUAAGAAAUAAGUAUUGUGUAACACUAUGACAUUGCUUCUAUAGCCAAAGUCUAAAAAUUUCUGGAACACUGACAUGUAAAGACUACAGUUAAUUCUGACACUGUAUCUUAUUAAAAUAGGAUGAUUUGCAUUUUGUAAAAUGAUCCUGCACAUUGAGCUGCAUGCCUUAAAGCCUAAAACUCUAGGAUUGUGUUCAUGGUAGAACAGUUUAUCUGUUCAACAAACAGUGGAGCAAGGUCUAUAGCGCUUCUUUAACUACCUUUGGAAAUACUGUACAAUGUUAGAAUAAUUUAUUUUGCUUUACAGGAGUUUGUCAUGUAUUGACUUUAAUAUUGUAUUUUGGUAAUAAACUUUUUUUGUUAAAAA